AGGGGGAAACUGAAAGCAGCUCUCCGGCCACUUCCUGUUCCCCACUGCAGCCUCGCCGUCCCCAAGCUGCUCCUGAAUCAUGGCACCCACGGCGCUGGCCCUCAUCCUGGGUUGGUGGCUGGCGGCAGCGAGCGGAGCACAGCAUGUGCCCCGACCCUCCCUGUUGCUGCACCCCAGCCAUGGGGUGUCCCUGGGGGACGCUGUCACCCUAAGGUGCCACCUGCCUUGGUUGGCUGCACGAGUUGAGUUUUACAAGGAAGAAAGCUGGGCACCCCUAAAGCAGGAGGACGUGGACAUGGCACAGGAUGUGGCUGAGUUCACCUUGGAUGGUGUACAGAAGGAAGAUGCAGUGAAAUAUCGGUGCCAGUACCGGGUGUCAAAGCCACGUGGAACAUCGGAGCUGAGCGACCCCGUGGAGCUGGUGCUGACAGAUCCCAACUAUCCCCCACCCACCAUUUCCCUGAGCCCCAAAGAACCUGUGGAGAUGGGGACCAAUGUCACCAUCCAGUGCUGCAACCAGGAAUACAAGGGCAUCAUCUUCCUGCACAAGGACGGGCUCUCAGCCCCUCUCCAACACCAGAAACCUGAUGGUGGGGGCACGGCCACCUUCACCCUCUUUGAGGUGACCCCAGCUGACAGUGGCACCUAUAGGUGCUCCUACCGCAUUGGGGGUUCCUACUUUCUUUCCUCACUCCUUGGGGAAAACGUGACGCUGGAGGUGACGUCCCCGACUGGAUCCCAAGGUGACAACGGAUGGCCCCACGGGACCCUGGUGGCCUCCGUGGCUGGGAGCUGCGCUGCUGCCUUUGCCUUCAUCCUGGUCCUUGUCGCCUCUUUUCUCCUCGCUGCCCGCAGACGACGGAUUCAAAGCCGUGGUGCCACCCCCAGAACCUACGAGGCCUUGCAGUUCCAGCUGCCCCCCGCUGACAGCCAGGCUCUGACCUACGCCGAGCUGCAAACUCUGACCCCCAGCACCCCCCCGCCCGGCUCUUUUACCACCCCUGAGCCCCCCACCAUCUACGCCGAGGUGGGCACCGGGGGACCCCGCUGAAGCCCCCAUCUGUGGACACGAAGACGUGGACGCUGCGUGCGCGCAUCAAUUGCUCACCAUCACCUGUGAUUUGCACCCGUGUGCCUGCACAUGUGAACACGUGGCUGUGGAUUAAACAUGUGUGCACCAUCCCGUGUGCA